CGGUGGAUCAUGUUGCCGGGCCUUUCUAUUGACGGCUGGACUACUGCCAUCUGCGUCCUAACUGACGCACAAUGACAGCUUUGGGCCUUUAUAAAGACCGAGACAAACGACAGAGGGCCAGUGUGGACAAGUACCGCAGAGAGAACAGGACGCAUUACGAUUACGCACGCCUCUUUACAAUCCCUGGCCUCGACUUUAACAGUGAAAACGUAUUGAGGUUGAAGAUAACGCGUCGUGUGUGCUUUCUGACAGUCACCAUGCCAAAGGGUUUCCUUAUAAAACGUUCUAAAAAGGCUGGUCCUGUUUCAUACAGGAUGCGCGAGGAGGACUUGGCGCUGGUCGCCAACUGUUCACCGCUAGUCGAGAAUGCCCCGGUUCAUGCACAGCCCUCGGUGUGCCACAACUUUAUCAGAGUUCCGAGCCGGGUUAUUUUCGGUGGAAUGUCAGAGUCUCACUGCGCGCCCUCGCUGAGCCCGACCCGACCUGACAGCGAGGGAUAUCAGUACCCACCAGCGGACGACGCUCAUCAAAUGCUCAGCUCUCUUUCUCCUGCUCCAGCAGAUACCUUUCCAGAGGCAAAUUUGGGAAGCUUCGCCAUUGAUGGCUCCCCAGUGUCGCCGUCUCUUCCGGAGAUGACCACCAGACUGGACACCAUGUGCGGGAAUGCUAAAUAUGCAGCAGUGAAGCAGCCUGCCUCCUCCAACGCCAGAUCUCCCCAUACUAAUUCUAAAAAGCGCAAGUCCUCAAGCUCCCCAAACCAAGAGAAGAGGUCCAGCGUCCGACAUGAGGUAACCACAUCUCCCGUCCUCGGGUUGCGCAUUACGGAGGAGGCAGAGGAUGAGGUGAAGCAGCGCUCCAACACCAGUAGUCCGCUUGGAGAGUUCAUCUGUCAGCUUUGCAAGGAGCGGUACGCGGACCCUCUAACUUUGGCUUUCCACAAGUGCUCUCGCAUCGUCCGAGUCGAAUAUCGCUGCGACGACUGUGACAAAGUUUUUAGUUGUCCCGCUAACCUGGCCUCCCACCGACGUUGGCACAAGCCAAAGGGUUUCCAAGUGGAGAGAGUCUCGUCACAAAGAGAGGAGAGUCGACCUCAUACGCCAACAGUCAGAUAUACGCUCCCACCCUCCACGCCACCCUCAGACUCGGGCUCUGAUGAAGAAAUUAUGUUCAGCUGCCCACAGUGCUCAAAGAAAUUUAGAAAACAAGCGUACCUGAGGAAACACCUGGCCUUGCACAACAGGAAAGCAGCUAGUCAUCCCCAGAAUCAGACUCCUUCCUCUCCUUUGGCCAUAGUCACAGACCAACAACACAGCUGCCCGCUCGAGUCCGGCCGGGAAUCACCCCAGCCCUCCGCCAAAUACGCAGGGACCGAGCGCAUCACAAAGGUGACAGGAGAGGUGUUUCCGUGUCGAUUUUGUAGGGAUAAUUUCUUCUCCUCUCCUGGCCUCACCAGACACAUCAACAAGUAUCACCCAACGGAGCGCAGACAGGUGAUAGUUUUGUCCCAAACUAUUUAAUGACCUCGGGCUUUUGCUUCGGCAUUAAUGACUUCAUUCCGUUUGGACAGAGUUAUUGUAAACAUUUGUUUCACCUCGCAAACGGACAAACCUCUUUGAUGUGAAAUGACAAAUGUUCCUCCUGAAUAGUACAGUUUUGUGUAAAUGUAUUCUCUUUUUUUAUUUUAUUUUUUACAAAUGUAUAUUUAUCUAUAAUCGAUUAUUUAUUUGAUAUUUAUUGAUUUGUUCAUUUAAUAAUGUAUUUGUUUAUUUAUUUAUCUGCCCAGAUUUGUAUUAAUCAUGUUGCUUUUGACUGGGUUGAUGUGAGCAAUGACAUAAAAAACAAUUACGCAUUGCCUCAAAUGACCUCUGACCAAAUUGUCAUACUUUUCCUUGAAACACAAUACUAUCAUGCCGACUUCUUCCUAAAAUAAUAAAGUAUAC